UGUGGUGUAGCCUUUUUGUCUUUACCAAACCACGAUAAGAAAUGUAAGCGUCCGCACAGUGCUUCGAAAUAAACUUUGCGAUUUCAACGCAUGCUCCGGUAUCAUCACUACUGAAUGUCCAGCUAUCUCUCUGUCGAUUGAAAAUGUAUAAACUAGAUGCGUUUCGUGUGUUUUUAAAUGAGCGUUUAACGGCGGCUGUCCUGGAGAUUUUCGGGGCAGUUGAGAAAACGGUAGUGGAGUACCAAGAGGAGAAUGAUCGGCUACGCAUAAUGCUGCGGAGGACACCGGAGAUACAACUAUGUAGAAUAGACACCCUGCAGCUCUCUGUCUCUGAAGAGGAGGUUCCCCCUGAGCAGCAUCACUGUGAGCAGGAGUGGAGCCCCAGUCUGGGACAGAAGGACCCAGAAACCAAACUGAUUAAAGAGGAACAGGAGGAAGUCAGGACCAGUCAGGAGGAAGAGCAGCUUCAAGGGCUCGUUGAUACCAAAGACUCCAUAUUCACUACUUCCUGUGUGAAAAGUGAAUGUGAUCUGGAGAACCCAUGUCAAGAAGCCAUACUAGCUGAACACCCAACUCUCAGUCCACUGAAAACGUCAAAACUACAGUCGUUUUGUGUGUUUUUAAAUGAAUGUUUAACGGCAUCUGCUGCUAUGGAGAUUUCCGGUGCAGUUGAGAAAACGGUAGCAGAGUACCAGGAAGAGAAUGAUCGGCUACGGAGACUGCUGCGCAUCACACCGGAGAUACAACUAUGUAGAAUAGACUCCCUACAGCUCUCUGCCUCUGAAGAGGAGGUUCCCCCUGAGCAGCAGCAUUGUGUGCAGGAGUGGAGCCCCAGUCUGGGGCAGGAGGACCCAGAGACCAAACAGAUUAAAGAGGAACAGGAGGAAGUCAGGACCAGUCAGGAGGAAGAGCAGCUUCAAGGUCUGGAGCCUGAUAUCAUGAAGUUCAUAUUCACUCCUUCCUGUGUGAAAAGUGAAUGUGAUCAGGAGGACCCACUUCAGUCCUUGACUCUUCCCCAAACUAAGACUGAAGAAAACAGAGAGAGAGACUCUAAACCAGUGGAUCCCAAACUUUUUGUUACUGUGACCCACUUAAAAGGUAUCGACAUUCCCUGUGACUCUCCAGAUAGUCAAAACAAUGCCUUCAGCCACAGUUCAGCUGUAAGCAGUGACCCAGUAGGACUUGACAGUAGCCCACCAUUAGAUCCCAGUCCACCAUUGGAUCCCAGUCCACCAUUACAUCCCAGUCCACCAUUGGAUCCCAGUCCACCAUUGAGGAAACACCAUUCCAAACACAGCACCCGUUCUAAAACAACUCACAGCUGCCAUGACUGUGGGAAAAGCUUCAGUAUCAAGAAGGACCUAACCAGGCAUAAACUGACUCACACCGGAGAGAAACCAUUUAGCUGUGGUGAUUGUGGGAAAAGCUUCAGUCAGAAGGGAGACCUAGGGAGGCACAUGCUGACUCAUACAGGAGAGAAACCUUUUAGUUGUGGUGACUGUGGUAAAAAAUUCAAUUGCCACUGGCUCCUAACCAGACAUAAACUGACUCACACAGGAGAGAAACCAUUUAGCUGUGGUGACUGUGGGAAAAGCUUCAAUCAGAAGGGUCACCUGAACUUGCACAUAUUGACUCACACAGGAAUAAAACCAUUUAGCUGUGGUGACUGUGGGAAAAGCUUCAAUCAGAAGGGUCACCUAAACUUUCAUAUACGGACUCACACAGGAGUGAAUCCAUUUAGCUGUGAGGACUGCGAUAAAAGCUUCAGAAACAAGGGCACCCUAGCCGAACAUAUACAGAUUCACAAAGGAGUGAAACAUGGCUGCUUAAUCUGUGGCAAAAGUUUCACGCAUAAAACACAUCUUCUGAGGCAUGUGGAUAAAGUCCACAAUGGAAGAAAACAGGAAUAAAAACUGAAAGACUAAAGAAAAUGAGGACAAAGAUAUUCUGUCAGAAGAUGGGAAUAACAGGCAGGAUGUGGGCAACACACUUAGGAAAGCAAAGCAAAUCUGGAUCAUUCUUACUUUGGGGUCCAAAUGAAUAGGUGUGUGAUCAAAUGGUACAUAGUCACAGGUCUGCUGAUCGAAGUCCUGGGCAUUUGUUUAGUAAUUUCUCUCAUUAAUGUCUGAUAUUAUUGAUACAUAAAAUACAAUUCCAGAAAAGGUUCCCUUAAUAAACCUCCAAGAGAAAUCUCAACAGAUUUCACCUAAUGCUGCUCAUUCAUGAUAUUGAUUUAUCUUGUAUAGAGUAAUGAUAUACAGUUGACUCCCGGUGGAGAAUGGAUUCUCCCAGAUCAGCCUAAACCACCGUUUGUCGACAACUCAGCAAAAAAAGAAACGUCCUCUGCGUUUAUUUUAAGCAAACAUAACAAACUCUUCCAACAAGGCACCUGCAAGUUCCCGGACAUUUCUGAGGGGGGGGGGGGGGAAUGGCCCUAGCCCUCACCCUCCGAUCCAACAGGUCCCAGAUGUGCUCAAUGGGAUUGAGAUCCGGGCUCUUCGCUGGCCAUGGCAGAACACUGACAUUCCUGUCUUGCAGGAAAUCACACAUAGAACGAGCAGUAUGGCUGGUGGCAUUGUCAUGCUGGAGGGUCAUGUCAGGAUGAGGCUGCAGGAAGGGUACCACAUGAGGGAGGAGCAUGUCUUCCCUGUAACGCACAGUGUUGAGAUUGCCUGCAAUGACAACAAGCUCAGUCUGCUGAUGCUGUGACACAGCGCCCCAGACCAUGACGGACCCUCCACCUCCAAAUCGAUCCCGCUCCAGAGUACAGGCCUCGGUGUAACGCUCAUUCCUUCGACGAUAAACGCGAAUCCGAUCAUCACCCCUGGUGGGACAAAACCUCAACUAGUCAGAGAAGAGCACUUUUUGCCAGUCCUGUCUGGUCCAGCGACGGUGGGUUUGUGCCCAUAGGUGACGUUGUUGCCGGUGAUAUCUGGUGAGGACCUGCCUUACAACAGGCCUACAAGCCCUCAGUCCAGCCUCUCACAGCCUAUUGCGGACAGUCUGAGCACUGAUGGAGGGAUUCCUGGUGUAACUCGGGCAGUUGUUGUUGCCAUCCUGUACAUGUCCUGCAGGUGUGAUAUUCGGAUGUACCGAUCCUGUGCAGGUGUUGUUACACGUGGUCUGCCACUGCGAGGACGGUCAGCUGUCCGUCCUGUCACCCUGUAGCGCUGUCUUAGGCGUCUCACCAUACGGACAUUGCAAUUUAUUUCCCUGGCCACAUCUGCAGUCCUCAUGCCUCCUUGCAGCAUGCCCACGCAGAUGAGCACAGACCCUGGUCAUCUUUCUUUUGGUGUUUUUCAGAGUCUGUAGAAAGGCUUCUUUUAGUGUCCUAAGUUUUCAUAACUGACCUUAAUUGCCUACCACCUGUAAACUGUUAGUGUCUUAACGACCAUUCCACAGGUGCAUGUUCAUUAAUUGUUUAUGGUUCAUUGAACAAGCAUGGGAAACAGUGGUUUAAACCCUUUACAAUGAAGAUCUGUGAAGUUAUUUGGAUUUUUACAAAUUAUCUUUGAAAGACAGGGUCCUGAAAAGGGGACGUUUUUGUUGUUGUUGUUGUUGUUGUAGCUGAGUUUAGUUAUUGUUUCCCUUUACUAAUGAUCUGUAGGUUGCCUUAAUAAACCUUCAUCCAGCUGGCAGCGCUGUUUCUGGGUUCGCCACCCACUAGAAUUAAGACUUUCCAAUUGUUUUUGACUAGUUCACGUAAGUAGAAUGUUAGUUACCACAGCCAGAAGAAGAAUAAAAAAGGCUAUAUUGUAAAAAUGUAUGUGUAUCAGUAUAACUUUAGUCUGUACCCUCGCGCGAACCAGGGACCCUCUGCACACAUCAACAACUGACACCCACGAAGCAUCGUUACCCAUCGCUCCACAAAAGCCGCUGUCCUUGCAGAGCAAAGGGGGAACCACUACUUCAAGGUCUCAGAGCAAGUGACGUCCCCGAUUGAAACGCUAUUUAGCGCGCACCACCGCUAACUAGCUAGCCAUUUCAUAUCCGUUACAUAUGAAAACAAAAAAUCUGCAAUUUAAGGUUAGCAGUGUGGAGCAAGGUUAGGUUUAAAAUCACAUUUAAAAAAGAUAAAUUGUAGAAAUGGGUGGGGUCUAUGACUUUAUGGCUAUGGUAACUAGUGACAACCACCUCGACUUGAUUUUGCCUUCAUUGUGUGGAGUAAAGAAUGACAUGUUAACAACCAGGCUACGCAACUCCCAUUCCACAGAAAAUGUGUAAACUACAGUUGUUGCAUGUGUUUUUAUUACAUUUUUAUAGUAACCCCAGACAAGCACACAUGACUAAACUUGUGAACUAAUCAUCAAGCCCCUGAUGAGUUGAAUGACGAAGUUGGGUAGCGCUGCCCCAGCGCAAUAGAGUACCACAGUAUGAGUCAUAUUAUCCAUAAAACCUAGCGGUCAAACAAGGAAAUGGUUCCAAUUGUUUUUCCAGCAUACAUUUUUCUCAUAGUGGAUUUUAGAAACACUUAUUAUAAGUGUUUCAUGUCGAUUUACCCUGGCAUGACGUUUUGAUAAACGUGUGAAUCUCUCUAGGACAAGUUGACUUUUGGACAAUAUAUUCGGCUCUAUUUACACCCCAAAAUGAAACCCUAAUUAGCUGCUAAUGUGGCUAUCGAAAAGAACUACAAAUGCCAUGAUGAUCUGCAUGAGACUGCAGAAUCGAGGCAAAGGUAAGAAUCUCUGGAUUAACUAUCUAAUGUUAUCUAAAAUAUAGUAAUGAAUAAAUUGACUACAUUUCUUUAAAUUGACAAUUCUGUGAAUUGUCCUGUGCAAGUUUUAAAUUGACACCCUAUCUGUUAGUAAAGGUGUCCACUAGAGAUGACGUGCAAGAGCUUGCAAGGUUUUUCAGUCUUGCAUGAUGUCUACUUUAAUGCUAAUGAGCAUUUUCGAAUCUGAGAGUAAAUAGAGCUGAAUAUAUUGCUAAAAGUUCACUUGGCCGAGAGAGAUUUAAAACGUCACACCAGGGUAAGCCUACGCGAAACACAUCCCUUAUUUUAAGUGUUUCUAAAAAUAAAAAAAAAUGGUAAAGAAAAACAAUUGGUACCGUUUUACAGUAUUAUGACACCACCACUGUGGGGCUCUAUUACUGAGUUCUCGUAAUCUGAAUCGGAGUGCACCGGUUUAUGGCCUGUGACGUCAAUGGGUAAAAGCGGUGAGGGAGGACCGCCCUUCACGAAUCGGCGCUACUCGGUCAUGUUUUCAAUAAGGCAGCAUGGUGCAUCGUGGUACAUCUAAAGCAUUUUUAUCAAAAUCGACCACUUUUGUUUGUGAAAGCACAGAAUCCUACUCAUUACUCCAAAUUCUUAAUCUAGCCUAGGCUACAUAACUUUUGCCAUGGGCUUUGAACGGGUACUGGGUCACACCCAGGAGGCAUUUCCAAAACAAAUGCAACCCAGGAGGCAUUUCCAAAACAAAUGCAAUCACUUUUUCCCCACUUCCAACAGAUAUUCAAAUCCCUUCAAUUCCUAUAGCAUUUUAAACAACCCUGUGAAUCAUUCUCCGACAACCCUGAAUGCAGGUCAAACUACUGUAUCACCCAAGUAAGGGAUAGUCAAUAAGGGGCUAUGAGUUCUCUGGAAAAUAAUGAAUGAUGUGAAAGAUGUGGUUCCACGAAGCACUAGCAGAAUGGAACUAACCUACGGAGUUGCAUAUUAUUGUCCAGAGAACAGAUAGAGCCCUGAGUUGAAUAUCCCUUUUAUUUCAGGGCUAUAAUUGAACACAUUUGCAGGUAGAAAUGUGUUCAACGUCCACUGAAGUACCUAGCUAACAAGUUUAUUAGAUAGCUACAGCAGUUGCCUUGGUAACCAAACAAACAUCAGUCCUAGCUUGUUAUUAUGAAAAUCGAAUUGAAACAAUGUCAAUAAUGUUUUCAAUUAGACUUUUGCUUUCGAAAGCAGCUCAAACAUAGUGUGUUAUGCGUUUAAUAACAUUAAGACUACAUUACCCAGCAAGCUAUGCGAGGGUGGGGGGAGUUAAAAUAUGCCUUACACUGCUACACAAGGGAAUUGCUACCUGAAGUAUCUGUUUAUUAAAAGUAGUUAUAUAAUAUAAUUUUAAAUAUAAUUUUAUUCAACAUUCUGGCUUGUAGAGACUAUUGCAUGUUUUUAAGGGCAACUAGAGAGAAUAUAAUAGACGGUAUGUGUCAAAAGGUGAUUGAUGGAUGAGCUAUUUCUGUGUCAUGUGUUUAUGCCCUCAUGCUAUGUAUGGUGUGCUUAUGUGACAUGAUAGGAAGUAAAGCACAUGUUUGCAAUACGUUUGAGUUUGAACUGUUAGAAAAAUGUGAACAUGUUUUUGUAGUGAACUUAUGGAGCUGUUGGGUAGCUUGUGACUCCUUGUAUAAUUAAAAAGUAAUUUCAGGGGGUCGGUCUUGCCUGAGUAUAAGUCGAUA